GGAGGGCGCUGCUCAUUAACAUCACUCCGGAUUAGAAAACGCUACUGCUGCUGGUGAUGCGAAUGAUGCUGAUGAGUGCGACAUGGGACACCUUACACUUGUGUUUGCAUGCUGACCAAAACAGAAGAGAUGCUGCAGGAAAGGACCAGUGCUCUAGAUGACUGUAAUCCAGAAAUACACUGAAUCCUGUCUUCUGCUUCUGCUGACACCUGUGAAAAUGAUUUAAAAAAAAAUAAAUGAUUUAAACGUAAUGAGGUGUUUCUCCACUCCUGAAUUUUGUCCGCUGGAUGUCGAGAUUCAGUCAUGCUAUUGCCAUUGGUGCAGAGGAUAACCUUAUGUAAAGACUACAGUUCCAGUCCUAUGGCCACAAGAUCAACAUUAGCCCACUAAAUGCACCCAUACUAAAUCAUGGAAAACAGUGAGCUCUUCCUGGAUGCUGAUGAGAAGGGUCCCAACUCCUUCUCCAAUGAGAAACCCUGUGGCCGAGGGAGCAAUCGACCAAUUCUCCAAUCUUCUGCUUUCAAGUUUCCACUCUCCUCUUCUACCCCAAAUGCCCUUAGUGAGCCUUCAACCUCAAUCCCCGACACCACUGCUGCACCACUUUCUAUGAGCUGCAACAUAAAAUCCUCUUCAGCUUUCACUGAUAAAGAGUGUAAAGAGUCUGCCUUGCUAAGGCCCAAUCCCAGGAUCAGCCUUGUUGACUCUCUCUCCAUGGAGAUCUCGAGAAGAGACUCUGAAUUUUGUCAUUCCAACUCUGACUCCAAGCUCCACCUGGAACCAUGGAAACAACUGGGUCAACUGCCCAAGGUCCAGGAUGCAGAACCCUUGCCCAAAACGGUUCCAUCUUCUCCCACAGAGUCCCGUCCGAAACCGAUUAGCUCAAGCAGCUUGCUGUUGGCUGGAUUUGGGGACAGGCGCCGCAAAUUGUCUGAGGCCAUGCAGGAGCCACUUAGUAAGCUCAGCAAGAUUAUUGGAGAGGACAGUGGUAGCCCAAAGUCACAGAAAGGUGACUCACCUGCCUCACAAGGUGGUGUUGCAGGAGGUUUACCAAAUCGGAGUGAGAAUGGAGCUGCAGGGAGGCACAAAGAUUUUGGGAGUCCACUUGGAGUGUGUGAAACCCCACUACGAAAACCUCAGAGAAGGCUGACACCAGGUUUUAAUUCUGAGAUCUGCUGCAAGCUGGGCAUUGAGAGCAGCCGUUAUGAGAUCUGCACUUAUGGUGAUGUUAUGCAAGUGCUGGAAAUUCAGGAGCAUUCUGACAGAAAGGAGGUCAAUCACCCAGAGCAGAAGGGUGUCAAAACACCACCUGCAAUGUGUACCACCUCCUCAAACCCAAGCAGAUGGCUGAUAUGUGUUGGCAUGCUGGCUUACAGCUUCUUUGUGCUACCACUAUCUUCCUAUGUGACAGGACUGUCUCUAGGACUAGCAUGUGGAUUCAUGCUGGGCUUGACAGUGGUAAUGAUGUUAGCAUCACAGCGACCUGCUGCUACUGAGAUGCCUAUUUCUUCCCCAAUGGACAGCCUGCUGUUGAAGUCAAUAGGCACAACACUGAGAGAAACAGCAAAGAGAGAAAUUCAGGGUUGGAUGAAUGAGAUGUACAGCUAUGACCCAGAGUCAUAUCAUCCCUCUCUGUGCCACUCUGUUUAUGUCACUUUGGAUGGAUGUACCCUACACCUGGCCUACCCACGUGCCAACGUUCCACGGCAAGCCUUCUUCAAUGAGCCCACCAAUGACACUACAUUUGUGCGCUCAUGCUGUUUCCAGCUUUUCAAUAGCAAGGUAUUUUUGCUGCCAGAUAUCUUAGCAAAAAAGAGAGUCUGGAAUAGGAAAUAUCCCAUCUGCAUUGCACUUUCUGAAGAAGAGCAGAGUGUAGAAGAGGAGCAGGUCAGUGAGGCAGCAGAGGCAAAGACUGAAACAGCAGAAAAACUCAAACAGGUGGAGAAGGAGGCAGACCGGACCUCCACACUGUACCUUUUUGGGCGUACAGGAAGAGAGAAAGAGGAGUGGUAUCAGUACUUCCUGUUAGCUUCAAAAAACAAGAUCUGUCAAGAAGAGUUAAAGCCAGUAUGCAGUGGUGGAGGCUCCAGUCCAGGCAGCAAUGAAGACCAGGCCCCGAUGCUGUGUCUAAAGGAAUUGGCUGGCUCAGUGAGAGAGAAGAUUCUGCUGGACUACAACUCUUACAUGACUCAAUUCAUCACACCAGAGAGCUGUAGCCUCACUCCCAGGCCCUGUCACAGUGAGCCAGGGAGCCCUGUUGACACAAAGAGGUUUUCCAGGGAUCCAAUAACAGGGUGUGGAGAUCUGGCCUGGAUCAAUGCCCUUAUUGGGAGGAUCUUUUGGGAUUUCUUGCAGGAGAAGUACUGGGCUGACCUGGUGGCCCACAAAAUCCAGAAGAAGCUGAGCAAGAUUAGGUUGCCAUACUUCAUGAAUGAGCUGACUCUAACUGAACUGGACUUGGGCACAUGCAUGCCGCAAGUGUUAAGUACCUCCAGACCUUCAGUGAAUCACAAAGGCCUGUGGCUGGACCUGGAGGUGAUGUAUACUGGAUCUUUGCACAUGACCCUGGAGACUAAGAUGAACCUGUGCAAGCUCGGCCAAGAUAGCUGCUCUGGGGCUUACUGCAUCACUGAGCCAAGCACAAGUGUUGGGCCCAGGGUGAGUAUCAUUGCAGACAGUGAUGAAGAGUCAUCCAGUGCAGACUCAUCUGAUGAAGAGGAGCUAAUGCCAUCCGAGCCCCAAGGCCCACUGGGAGAUAAGAGUAUAUACACUGGGACUGAGGGGCAUGGUGGAAGCAGCACCAGCAGGAAAAUUCUGCGAUUUGUGGACAAGAUUGCCAAAUCCAAAUAUUUCCAGAAAGCCACAGAAAAUGAGUACAUCAAAAAGAAAAUCACUGAAGUCUCCAACACUCCCCUGCUACUUAGGGUUGAAGUGCAGGAGCUUUCAGGACCUUUAGCUGUUAACAUUCCACCACCCCCCACUGACCGAAUAUGGUACAGUUUCCGUGUUCCACCAAGACUAGACCUGAGAGUGAAGCCUAUGCUGGGUGAGAGAGAGGUCACAUUCACUCAUGUAACUGAGUGGAUAGAGAGGAAACUGCAGUGUGAAUUUCAGGAAAUCUUUGUAAUGCCCAACAUGGAUGACUUGUACCUGCCUCUUAUGUCUUCUGGGAUGGACAAUACUGACAUGUCUCAGAAUUUCUCUGGAGAAAGCCAGGAUCAACAGGAGCACAGUUCAGACUAAUGCCUGGAUACAAAGGACAUGAUGGAAAGAGUGAAAAUUGUGAUGUGUGCCAUAUUUGCAAUAGUCCUCAUACAUUGGAGAGGAAAUUGAGGCAAAUGUACUUGAGCUACGCACAGUUCUGAUGGAAAAUGGCAGAUUGUGAGUGAAAAAAAUAUUACCCUUGUUGCAAAAGAAUAUUUCUUGGUGAACUUAAACUAUUAUGACAUAGAAACUGCUGAAUUAAAUUUUGAAAAUGGUAUCUGGCCAUAAAUUGACAAUUUAGACACAAGAGCAGAGAAUCAAAAUGUGAAAUUUGAAAAUUUGAAUCACUACACAGAACAUGAAGCUCUAAAAGAACUAAAAGGCUUGUAGUACACUCAAAUUUAUUUUAAAUUGAAUAGUAGAAUUCAUAAAGUUUAAGUCGAGGUUGUUCAUUAUAAUUCAUGUCAUAAAACAAUUGUUCACUUUA